AUGAACGUACGACCACCCAUCGAUGUUUCAGGCUCCGAGGCUGUCUUGUCCGUUUCUUUCAACAAUGAUGCGAGUUGUUUCUCUGUCGGCCUUGAUUCCGGUAUUUGUGUCUUUCAUACCAAAUCCUGCCUUCUCAAAGCCUCAAGAGAUUUCAAUGCCGGCAUCGGCCUCGUUCAAAUGAUGGGCACGACUAAUUACCUGGCUCUAGUCGGCGGUGGCAGGUCGCCCAAGUUUGCAAUGAACAAAGCUAUAAUAUGGGACGAUAUGAAAGGCAAGGUUGCUCUAGAAAUCACGACUCUCACAGCAGUACGCGGUGUUCAACUGGGUAGGGAACGUAUCGCCGUUGUCUUGCAGAACAGCGUCCGGGUCUACUCCUUCACUAAACAUCCAGAUCUACUUCAUAUAUACGAAACUGCAGACAACCUUGCAGGCCUGUGCUGUCUGUCGGACAAGAAGCUCGCAUUUCCCGGUCGAACUGCUGGACAAAUACAACUCGUCGAGUUAGCGACUGGUAACGUCAGCAUUAUUCCAGCCCAUUCUUCUGCACUAAAGGCAAUUGCUUUGAGCCCGGAUGGCGAACUUCUAGCCAGCGCGAGCGAAAAGGGUACUCUCAUUCGUGUCUAUUCCACAAGCAACUGUGCAAAGCUUGCCGAGCUUCGCCGUGGUAUCGACCCUGCUACUAUCUUCUCCCUUGCCUUUUCUCACUGUGGUACUAUGCUCGCCUGCACUUCGGACAAAUCCACUCUACAUGUAUUCGAUGUACCUCAUCCGCGAAAGUCAGGGAUGAACCGAAGUCAACAGAUUGGUACUCCUGGAGCUGAUGCUGGAGAUGGAACGGGGAAGUGGGGUAUUCUUAGCAAGAUUCCUCUGAUGCCUCGAAUGUUUUCCGACGUUUACUCCUUCAGCUCGACGCAUUUCGAGGCUGGAGAUGAAGCUGCGAUAGGAGGGAUUCCUUUCUCGGAGAGCACUGUCCUAGGAACAUCCCGGCCACCAAAGGGUAUAAUUGGGUGGAUCGGUAAUGACAGUCUGGUGGUCAUAGGUGCAGGACACGACGCACGAUGGGAGAAGUUUGUUAUCAUAGAUGGCGAAGAUGGAAAGCGACAUUGCGUUAGGGAAGGAUGGAAACGGUACUUGGUAAACUGCUUUAAUCCUCACGACGUCUUGGCGAUCGACUUCUACUUCGUCGUUUUGGCCUUCUGUCAGGGUCUUCGUCUCUGCGCCGUUUAUGCCGCGACUCGUCAUCGUCGUCCCUAUGUCUUCGGUGCUCUCGGUCGCCAUCUCUUCUUCGAUCUCGAUCAUGGCCACGGUCCUCGUCAUCCUCUUUUCUUUCUCUCCGUCUGUCUUUGUCCCCUCUCCUCUCUCGGUCAUGGUCGUCGUCUCUAUGUCGACGUGAUUCUCUGUCUCGGUGGCGCUCCUCUCUGUCCGCAGGACUCUUAUGUCGUCUUGGCCUGUGAUGCCUAUCCUCUUCGUCCCCAUUUUUCCGUGACCGAUGCGACCGAUGGUGUCUGUGUUUGUCUUUGCGAUCCUUCUUAUCUGCUUUGCGCCGUGCUUCUUCGACUUCUUUCUUCUUCUCUUCGAUCAGGAACCCCUUCAUGGGAUCAUCGUCGUCGUGUUCUUGCAUCAAAAGCGCAAGUUCUCUCUCUUCAGGCAACAUCGGUCGCUGCACCUCUUCCUCUUCGCUGCUCUCAUCUUCUGACACAGCUUGACCUUCUCGCUUAA